AGCUGGCAACCGUAGCUUCGUGAACACACACUCUGCAGGCAUGGCAGCUGCUGUCGCUACCUCGUUUGUCUCUGAACAGUCAGCGACAACGACCCAACAACCACUGCUCGACAGAUCCAAGCCCCAUGUUAUAGAAGGAUUUACACCUCUAUCUCGACCCAGAUAAGAGACGUUCCAGGAGAAGUUGAUGAGGAAGUCGAAGGAGAACCCGUUCGUCCCUAUAGGUUGUCUCGGUACAGCUGGAGCGUUGAUGUACGGUCUCCGAGCCUUCAAACAAGGCAAGACCCGGCAGUCCCAGCUCGUGAUGAGAGGACGUAUCUUCGCACAAGGCUUCACUGUAGUCGCUAUCCUCUUCGGCGUGUUCACCACGGCACUGAAGAAAGACUGAUCAGCAUCAGAUUUCUAUUCAUUUUUUACUGCAAAAUGUUUUUGCAACGGAAAAAACCCUAAAACAAGGCGUUUCUUAUUAGACAAGUUCAGGUAGUCCCACCUUGUUGUGUUGGUGGAUGAAAUGUGUUGUCUGAAUGAGUAGAAAGACUAACGGAACAGAUAUUUAAAGCCCCACUGUUCCUAGGCCGUCAUUGAAAAUAAGAAUUUGUUCUUAACUGACUUGACCUUUAAAUAAAGGUAAAAUAAAAUAAAAACACACAGCAAUGCAUCUUCACACACACAUAGGGGUUAUAUGCAUGUCCCUUUUACAUUGUUUGUGUGCUAUAAUAUUUAAGAUGGAGCAUCUGGCUCUUACGACCAAUGUAAGUGAACAAGGGGUGUUAUAGGGCCUGGUGAAGAUACGACCUGGCAGUGUGGGACUCUUGUAAAUAGCAGAGGAAUAAGGGGUGUUAUAGGGCCUGGUGAAGAUACGACCUGGCAGUGUGGGACUCUUGUAAAUAGCAGAGGAAUAAGGGGUGUUAUAGGGCCUGGUGAAGAUACGACCUGGCAGUGUGGGGCUCUUGUAAAUAGCAGAGGAAUAAGGGGUGUUAUAGGGCCUGGUGAAGAUACGACCUGGCAGUGUGGGGCUCUUGUAAAUAGCAGAGGAAUAAGGGGUGUUAUAGGGGCUGGUGAAGAUACGACCUGGCAGUGUGGGGCUCUUGUAAGGGAGGCAGAGGAACUUCUCAGGUCUUCUCUAGUGUUAGUCCAACGGUUCUCAGCCUGUUUUGGUUACCGUACCACCAAGAACAUUUCUUUGCCCAGAGUACUCCUUCAUGAGUAUUUUAACAGUACGCCUAUUGUCGAGUCUUCCCAAGCACCCACUGUGUAUUGCACAGUCUUAUUUAAUGCUCACACAAACCUUUUGCUUGAUUAAAAAAAAAGGAAAAUAAAAUACCAAAA